CCGCCUCCUCCUCCUCCCUCUCUCCGCGCUUCCUUCCUUUCCUCGCUUCCUUCCUUCCUUCCUUCCUUCCUUCGCGGCCGGUAUGUUUGUUCCUUGCGACCGUGGCGGGGGCUCCGUCAGCUCCGAAUUUGAAGGCUUCACUCUGCUUAUGCCAGCAGUGUCGGUGGGAAAUGUUGGUCAACUGGCAAUAGAUCUGGUGAUUUCCACGCUUGACAUGACUAAAGUGGGUUACUUCUACACUGAUUGCUUGGUGCCAAUGGUUGGAAAUAAUCCAUAUGCAACAGCAGAAGAAAACUCAGUGGAGCUGAGUAUAAAUGCUGAAGUGUAUUCGUUACCUUCAAAGAAACUUGUCGUUCUGCAGAUCAGAUCACCUUUUAUAAAGAACAAGUACAGGCCAUUCUGUCAAAUGCUGCUUUCUUGGGUGAAAAGUAGCAAAUGUGCCCAAGUUGUUCUUCUGUCUAGCAGCCAUGCCUACCAGCGUGAUGAUGAGCAACUUCUUGGGACACCACUACGCUACCUACUUACACCUGACCUGGAGAAAGCAUUUGGAGGCCUUAUGCAGGAGCUGAACUGGAAAGAAAUGGAAAAAGUAGCAGCUUACCCUGGAAUAAAUGAUACAGAAAAAAUUCUACAUAUUCCUGGAGGUGGCAUCACAAAACUAUUGUUUACUGAGAGCUGUUCAAAAGGAAUCCCAAUGGCAGUUCUUCUGAAAUUCUGCUCAGAAGGGGACAACAUCCCUGAUGCAUUUGCUCUUGUUAACUAUCUUAAUGAAUGGCUUCAGCUAAUUAAAAGUGAAAGCAACAGUUCCACAGAUGCUUCUUCACAAUGGAAAAUACCAAGUUCUUGGCGCUUACUUUUUGGCAGUGGUCUUCCACCUGCACUCUUCUGAUCAAUUUUGAAUUCUUCUUAGUACAAAUGAUGAGGAAGAGAACAGCAGGAGUCCUGAAAAGAUCUGUUAAAGGUGUAGGAAUAAGAUUCAGUAGUCAGCUUGGCUUGAAAACCUGUGCCUGUUGGUAAAGAAGAGCAGUUCAGUGAAUGUGACCGAUCACCCAAAGGAUGCUGUAUUGACUAUCUUUUCAGGUUGUUGAAAGUUUGAGGUGAGAAUCAUACUGAGUGCCUGUCACAGGGGACUAACAUUUGAAUGAAUAUUCAGUUACUGAUCUUUUUCCACAAAACAAUGAGAAAUUUAAGUGCUUCCCAGUCUUAAGUCUGCUUUACAGAAGCAGAUAAUGCAGGGCAAACUGAAUCUUGGAGAACUGAUAUGUGGAGCAAAUGCUUCAUAUAAUGGUAUGUCCAAAUACCUUCAAAUAAUGUUGUAAAAUGUAGGUGUUCUCAUGUUAGAUAUUGUAUUUUGAGUCAAUCACAAACCUAAAUAUGUGUAGAACAAUGUGAGCACAAACUACCUGCUGCUGGUGUUAGGAGAACUGGAAAGGCUUCAUGAUUACCUAAUGACAUCUGCAGUGGUUUUGUUUUGUUUUUUAAAGGUUUUAAUUGUAUUGUCACCAAAGCUUCUUAAAACUAAAUACCAUACUAGAAAUGUGCAGUGAUCCUUUGCUCAUAUUAAUAAGCUUUUACAGUAGUAAAGCACAAAGAUGCCAUGUUUCAUGAAGUUGCCAUGUUUUGUGGUGUAAAAAUGAGCUAUGAAUAGAUUUAAAGUGUUCAGGAAAGACUGAUGUGCCUGUGAUUGUGAAUCAAAAUAAACUUACCUGAACAAAAAAGCAACUUGCUACAACUAGAUGCAAGCUACAACCAGAAGCUGAACCAAGGAACACGACUGAAAAGAUCACAUUAGUCCAAGCUUAAAGAUUUAUUUUGGCUCAUGGUCUUGUAAUUGUUUUACAAGAAGCUUGUACAAGAAACAAGAGUUUCUAUAGGCAAGUGGAAGACCGAACUUUUGCAGCCUGCCUUCAUCUAGAUCCCAUCGUGGUGAUACUUCAUGCUUGCAAAUACUGUUUAUUCAAAUUUUGCUUUUUUAAAAAAAUGACUACUGACCUAAACAC